GUCCUUGAGGGCACCCUCUUCACCGCAUGUUCUGCCACCAACCUUGUGGCAAUUAACACCGCGCCCCCUCCUCCGAAUCCAAAUGCAUCAAACCAGCCGGGCGAUUACCACAUAAUACCCGUCUCGCAGAUCAAGUCAUUCGAAGUCCUAAGCCUUUCGGCGGAUGGCUCGCAACGCGAUGCAGCAAUCUUCGAGACCGCAGUACCGGCUAUCUCCAAGGUCGAUAUUGGGGCGCUGAAGGCGAGAGAAGAGGCGGCCAUUCGGAAGUUGAAAGAACAGGAUAUGACGCGGGGAAAGGGCGUAACUAGGGAAGCGCAGGAGAUAUUUGACGCGCUACACAGGAUAUUCCCCACUCGAUGGCACGGUCAGGCUAUCAUUGUGAACGACGCGGUCAUCAUCAAAUCGCCGUAUAGAUUAGAGGAUUGUCAGGCCGAAAAGGACAAGCAAACCAGCUUGGUCCAGGUCAGGAAACAUCUAGAGGCGUAUAUGAAGAAGAAAGGUCAGCAAGGCGUGAAACCCGCGGUGGCUACCCCGAUUCCUCCGCGAAAGGGCGGGUGA